CUGGUUUCUCUUCUUUCCCUGGAAAAUUCCCAUUUUCUCACGAAACAACAAAGACUUGCCAUCUCCUGAAUCAAAAACAUGAGCAACGAAGAAAACAUCACAUCCAUCAAGGCCGAUAAUAAGACCGGCGAUUCCUCUGAUCUCCCUACCAUUCCCGCCUUAGGUAAUUUCAGAAACUACUCUCGAUUUCUCCUAGAAAAUUCACGAAAUAACCUAACCUUAAAGCGACCGUUUGAUGUAAAAAAACUCUCACCUAAAGUCACUAAACGUGUUCUGUUCCUCAAGGACAUUCAGGUUAAACAUGAUGAACUUGAAGAGAAGUUUCUUGCGGAGAAAGCUGCAUUGGAGGCAACAUACGAUAACCUCUACAAGCCGCUUUUUGCUAAGAGGUAUGAAAUUGUGAAUGGUGUGGUUGAAGCUGAAGCAGAGAAAGAAGGAGUGCCCAAUUUCUGGUUGAUUGCAAUGAAAACCAAUGAAAUGCUUGCAAACGAGAUAACCGAAAGAGAUGAGGGAGCAUUGAAGUAUCUUAAAGACAUCAGAUCUUGUAGAGUUGAAGACAAUUCAAGAAAUUUCAAGCUGGAGUUUCUCUUUGACCCUAAUCCUUACUUCAAGAACUCGGUUCUGUCUAAAACUUACCAUGUGAACGAUGAAGAUGGUCCUGUUCUUGAGAAAGCGAUUGGAACGGACAUAGAAUGGUGUCCAGGUAAAUGUUUGACUCAUAAGGUUGUUGUGAAGAAGAAGGCAAAGAAAGGGCCAAAGAAGGUCAACAACAUCCCCAUGACCAAAACCGAAAACUGCGAGAGUUUCUUCAAUUUCUUCAAGCCGCCUGAGAUUCCUGAGAUUGAUGAAGUUGACGAUUACGAUGAUUUUGAUACCAUUAUGACGGAAGAACUCCAAAACCUGAUGGACCAAGACUAUGACAUUGCGUAAGCUUACAGUUCCACAUACUUUGAUAUUGAGAGAUUCAAGAAAUUAAUCCUUAGCUAUUGGUUUUUGGGUUUUACAGUGUGACAAUCCGAGAUAAACUGAUCCCUCAUGC